AUGGAGCAUUUUCAAGGGGCCUGGAAAAGCAUCAGUCAUGGAUUUGGAUGCAAAGACUCUGUGUUUGAAGACUCCUGUAUGUCUCCCACCAUUCUCAAGAACUACCCUUAUCACAGAUUAUCAGAUGAUGGGAGAAUCCCAGACUCGAAAACUAGCAGCACAAUCCGCGUCUACUUGCCCAACAAACAACGCACUGUGGUGAAUGUACGACCAGGCAUGACGCUGCACAACUGCCUCAUCAAAGCCCUGAAAGUUCGGGGACUUCAGCCAGAAUGCUGUGCUGUUUUCAAACUGCACCCAGAACACACCAAACACCAAAAGUGCAGGAUGGAUUGGAACACUGAUUCUACCUCACUCGUUGGAGAGGAGCUGCUGGUGGAAGUCUUAGAUCACGUACCUCUGACCACACAUAAUUUUGUACGAAAAACAUUUUUAAAGUUGGCCUUUUGUGACAUAUGUCAGAAGUUUCUUCUACACGGCUUUCGAUGUCAGACAUGUGGCUACAAGUUUCAUGAGCAAUGCAGCACCAAAGUGCCCACCAUGUGCGUGUACUGGAGCAACAUUCAACAGCUCUUUCCUUCUUACAGAUACUCCACGCCAAAUUCUUUCAACUACGUCACCCACUUGCCGUCUUCUGGUGUUUCUCUCAGUCAUAAUAAGGUGCUGUCCACAUCCACCCCCAAUGUCCACAUGGUCAGCACCACCCAACCAGUUGACGAAGCUGCUUAUCAGGAAGCAUUGGGAAGUGAUGAAUUAGGUAAUCAGGUUUGAAGUCCAACAGAGCAGUCGAAAACCCCAGUUCCAGCUCAAAGAGAGAGAGCAUCGUCAACUAAAACUCAGGAAAAAAACAAAAUUUGUCCUCGUGAAAAGAGAGAUUCCAGUUAUUACUGGGAGAUUGAGGACAAAGAGGUGGUUCUCUACUCCAAGAUUGGCUCAGGGUCUUUUGGCACAGUUUACAAAGGGAAGUGGCAUGGUGACGUUGCUGUGAAGAUUUUAAAGGUCACAGCUCCGACACCAGAGCAGUUUCAGGCCUUUCGCAAUGAAGUGGCUGUUCUCAGGAAGACCAGACAUGUCAAUAUUGUUUUGUUUAUGGGAUACAUGACCAAGGCAAAGUUGGCCAUUGUGACACAGUGGUGUGAAGGCAGUAGUCUCUACAAACAUCUACACGUACAAGAGACAAACUUCCAGAUGUUUCAGCUGAUCGACAUCUCAAGACAGACAGCUCAGGGCAUGGAUUAUUUACAUGCAAAGAAUAUCAUCCACCGGGAUAUGAAAUCAAACAAUAUCUUUCUGCAUGAAGGUUUGUCAGUGAAGAUUGGAGAUUUUGGUCUGGCCACAGUGAAAGCUAGGUGGAGCGGCUCGUGUAGAGUAGAGCAGCCCUCUGGGUCAAUUCUGUGGAUGGCUCCUGAAGUCAUCCGGAUGCAGGACAAUAAUCCGUACAGUUUUCAGUCGGAUGUAUACUCUUACGGUAUCGUCCUGUAUGAGCUGAUGACAGGAGAAUUGCCUUAUUCUAUGAUUGGAAACAGAGAUCAGAUCAUCUUUAUGGUAGGCAGAGGCUACCUCACUCCAGAUCUUAGUAAACUGUACAAGAGCUGUCCUAAUGCCAUGAAGAGACUCGUCGCUGACUGCAUACAGAAGUCCAAAGAUGAAAGGCCAUUGUUUCCACAGAUUCUGUCCUCAAUAGAGCUUCUCCAGCACUCCCUCCCUAAAAUAAACCGCAGCGCAUCCGAGCCAUCACUACACAGAGCCUCGCACACGGAAGACAUCAACGUCUGCACUCUAGCACACUCGUCUGCCUUCAAGUGA